AUUGCAAGUCUGUCACGUUUUGUUUACCUUUCAUAAAGUAACUGCCAACUGUUUGUUUAGUCGAUACUGCCCGUAUCGUAGCAAUUUUACCAGUUUUCCAGCGGUUGCAGCAGUUUUCCUUCGGCGUCAUCAAAAUGAACAACAUAACCGACAUCCACUACGGUCCUCUGCCGGCCGAUUCGCCGUACGUUAAACCAUUCCGCUUUCAUUACACGCAAAACGGCAAACAAAAGUCCUGGGACCUGCUGAAGGUACACGAUUCGGUGUCGAUCGUCAUCUACAAUGUGACCCGCAAAAAGUUGGUUUUCGUAAAGCAGUUCCGACCGGCCGUGUACCAUGGCAUCAUCAGCAGUGACGGUGUGCAGCCGGGCAGCAUCGAUAUGACCAAGUAUCCGCCGGAAAUUGCCGUCACGUUGGAGCUGUGCGCGGGCAUUAUUGAUAAGCCGAUCUCCACGAUCGAGAUCGCCCGCGAGGAGGUGCUGGAAGAGUGUGGUUACGACAUUCCGGUCGAGCGCAUCGAGCAUAUCAUGCGCUACCGGUCGGGGGUCGGUACGUCCGGGUCCGAGCAGACGUUGUUCUACGCGGAGGUAACGGACGCGGACAAGGUUUCCUCGGCUGGUGGGGGCGUGGACGAUGAGAUUAUAGAUGUGGUCGAGUACGACCUCGCGGAAGCAAGGAAGCUGACGGAAAAGGGCACGGUCAUCACCAGCCCUCCGUCGUUCCUGUUCGGCGUGUUGUGGUUCCUGACGAAUCGUGCCCCAAAGAGCUGAGUUCUCUGUGAUAGCGCCAAGUGACCGUAGAAGAAGAGUGUCCUUAGGACGUAAAUCGCUUUGUUGGAAACCCCAACAAUAAAAAAGAAACACACACAAGCUUGUACCAUACUUUGUGGUUCGUACGUCAGAUAAAACGAAUCAAUUUAUUUAAGACAUACUUUCCUAACAAGUUAGCCUUCGCUUUCCUGCUUGUACGAGUAGGGUUUGUGUAACGUACAUAAUUUGACGACAGAGUGUAACAUGCACAGUCAUUGGCGGUCCUGUGGACUCGUAACAUCGUAAUUUCCACUAUCUGCUGUUCCUUCGGUUUCCGUUCAUCACGCAUUCCAUACGGGUGCCAUAUUUCGUUAGGAUGAGACAUUUGCUAAGAAACCAAUCACAACACAGGUUUCUGUUUUCUUGGUAGCGGGAUCAUAUCUAAAUAACUAUUUUAAAAGGAACAUCAUUGCAUUCGUUCAACUCUACCUUCUUUCGCGCGCGCGCUUGAAAUCGCAGCUUUCCAUUAUUCCACCGCCAUCCGGGGAACGUUCAAUUCAAGUAAAAAAAAACCUCACACACACACACACGCAAAGACCAGCCAAAGAGCGCGGAAGAUUCGUCAUCCUCCGAACGUG